AUGUGUAACAGUGCAGGAAGACAAUCUAUUUCGGAAAAAAAAACCUUAUCAUCUCGUAACGGUUUAAUGUCUGCACCAUCGAGAGAUGAAAAUCCUUACGUCGAAUCAUCUGAUUCUAAACUCAGUAAAAACGAUAGAAGAAAAAAAUUGUUAAACGAAUGUGAAUAUUUAUUGAGAAAUCGACCUCCUAAGGGUAAUCAGAAAUCAUCUUCAAGGAAAUGUGAUAAAUCUUCGACUUCGUGUAAAAAUGCAAAUGACCUUGAUUUCUCGAAAUAUUGGAUAUCAGGAGAACAAUUCUUUCAAACACCUCCAAAGAAUUUCAACGAAUCCGACGAAUGUAGCAACGAACAAGAUUCUGCAACUUUCGUACAACUUUUUGGUAAUGACGACGACGAUAAUAUUUUUCAAAGUCAUCGUCGUGUAAGUUCUAAUGAUUCGAAACUUGAUGAUACUUUUGUUGUCCCAACUAAAGAAAAUAAUGACGAUAACAAAUUAGAUAUGUUAAAAGAUGUUAAAACAAGUUCACAUAUAGAUGAAGAUUUUCUUCAUCGUUUCAAAUUACCAUUUUAUCGGCCUGAAUUAGAAAACGAUAAUAAAAUAACAAAUUCUAAUUUCGCGAUUGACACGAGCAAUUUUAACGAAACGAACCGAACUAGUCCGAACAAGAACGUUCGGAAAUCGAAUGUAACCGAAGAUAUCCGAUCUUGUUGUUUCGAAUCUUCGAAAGAAGGAUACUGCGAGGAUGCAGUAAUGAAUAUUAGAAAAUCAAAUUCUCAAGAACAAUAUUCUACUCCUUUAGAAUUGAAAUUUAUUAAGGAAAAAGAAGAUUUUCAAAAGAUAAGGACUUCAAAAGAUGACGGUAAGCAAACUUCAUUAAGUGGUGGAAAGAAAAUAAUCGGUCGGAAAGACAAAGUAAAGAAAUGGUUAAACAAUAUGUUGCUUUUAAUCGAUGAUAUUUCUAUUAUAGAAUAUAAUAAAGAAAAUAUUAAAAAGCAUAAUCAUCAUCGAAAGACUUCUUGGGAUAAUCUGAAAAGAAAAUCAUCUUAUAAUAGUGUUGGGCCACGUUUCGAAACUGUUGAAUUAUUUAAAGAGAAAAAAGCAAGAAAGGUAUCACCGUCGAUCUAUCCUACCUGCAGACAUCUUGAUCAAAUGAAGAAACAUAAUGGCAUUCGUCUAAAUCGGCAAGUUAACGUUCAACCCGUUUGGAAACCAGCUGGUGCUGUUAAACCGCUUGCUUCUAAUCCGACUUUUUUAAAUAAUGAACCAAUUAACUUUCGCUCGCAGACGUUGUUUAAUAAAGAUAAUCAAAUAGUUAAAAGAUCAAUUGCUAAUCCAUCAGAGUCAACAGUCUUGAGAAGAAAGCAUUUCUUGAAGGAUAAUCGAAGAAAUGAGAAUUUGAUCGAGGAAGGUGUAAACGAUUUAUGCGAAUUGUUCGCAAAAACACAAAUAACAUCGAAAGGACGAGAAGGUAAUAGAAAUUCGUCGAAUAUGUCUUUAAUGAAUGUUCGAGGUAAAAGUAGAGAAUUAAAUUUAACGAAAAACAAGUCUCAAUCUAAAUUGCAUCCGCGUAUAUUUAAUUUAACACCAAGGAAUACAUCGCAGAUUUUGUUUAAAAAUAAACAAGAUGGUAAGUUACCUAUGGCAAAUAAUUCUUCUACAAAUAUUCCUACGAAAGUUUUCAUUAAAAAUUAUGAGAAAAAUGACGAGAUAAAGGACCAAAUUCUAAACGGUCUAGAAAAUAACGAUAAUAGAAAGUCAUCGAUGCAUUUAUUAAAAAUUCAUGAUAAAUUUCCUGCAAAUCAAUCAUCAACGUAUCAAAAUCAAGAAACUGAACAGUCAACGAAGAAAGAAAUGAAAGAAGAAUCAUCUAAAGAAAAAUUACAUUUAUCUGAUGAAGAAACUAUUAAGAUAGAUGAUUCCAAUUAUUCAUCUGAUGAAAAGACUAUUAAGAUAGACGAUUCCAAUUAUUCACCAAAGUCAGUAUUGAAAAGUUAUGAAAAUUUAGAUCAUCAUACACCAAUUGAGAAUCAACCAAGUUUAACAUCUUCCACAAAUAUUAGCUAUAAAACUGAUCUUAGUUCAGUAUCUAAUUUAAUGACAGCGGCAACUGCAUCAAAAUGUUGUCAAGCAUCAUCUCUCUCUUCGUCAGAAUCAAAAAUCAGUAUGAUUUUUAAUCAGUUUAUUAAGCAAAAUCAAUCAGCAACGAUUGAUAAAGAUUCUUUAGAUAUUUCGAUGGAUUAUAAUCGCGAAAAAGAUGAAUCGGAUGAGUUAAGUGAAUUGAAUGAUCGAUUUAAACAAGAUUCCGAUGUAAUUGACAAUAAUGAGAAAGAUAAAACCUCUCCUAACUUAGUAUCAAAUGUCUUAUAUUCUUCAAAAAUAAAUGAUACUUUGAAAAAUCCUUUAAACAAACUUUCCAUUGAUACUACAUUAAACAUCAGUAAUGAUUUAGAGACAGAAUCAAUGAACUUAACGAUAAUGGAAAAGCUUCGAUCUAACGAUAAUGAAUCGAUUGAUCAGAUGAUCAAUGAAAAGAAAUCUAAAAUUUCGCAAACUAUAUCGAAUUUAAAAUCGGUUUGCGAUGCUUUUACUAACAUCGAUGAUAUCAAACCUAAUUGUUUUGAACAAUUCAAUAAAACAAUUAUUUCUUCAUCUCCCAAUGAAAUUGAUGUAAAUGUUUCAUUGAAAGAUGUUGCUACCGAAGUUCUUUCACAAGAUCAAUCGAUACUAUUACCAAUUCAAAUGAUUCAAACUCGAACGAACGAACGUUCCUAUAAAGUAAUGAAAAAUAAUGCUACUAAUCUAAAUAUAAAUUUAAUAAAUAAUUGCGAUGAGACUGAUACUAUCGUAAACGUUGAAUCCAAAUCAAUAGGAACAAGUGAUGAAGAAAAUUUAAAUCAUAAUGAUAGAUGGGUAAUGGAAACCGUAGAGUUAUAUUGCGAACAACCCAACGACAAUCUAUCGAAAAUAGAAGACAAAGAUCAAAAAGAAAAUAUUGAUUCUCCUAAUGAUCAAUGGGUUGAUGAAACUGUAGAGUUAUAUUGUGAACAACCUAAGGAUGAAAAUGAAUAUAAAGAAGAUAAAAUUAAAUUGAAAAAAUGUAACAAAUUGUUAGUCAAAAUAAAUAGUGGCGAUGAACAACCAAACGAUGAAAAUGAAUAUAAAGAAGAUAAAAUUAAAUUGAAAAAAUACAACGAAUUGUUAACAAAAAUAAAUAAUAACGAUGAUAACAUUGAAAAAUCUACUUUAUCUGAAUCGCUGAUGAACCAAUUAAACGGUAUCAAAGAACAAUUGCAAAGUGUUGAUAUGCAAUUGAAUAAAUUACAGGCGACCACAAUUCAAGCUAACGAUGUAUUAUAUCGAAUUGACAAAACCACUAUCCCACUUGAUUAUAAUUCUAAAAAAAUGACUGUAUCGUCGAAUGAUUUAUCAGAAUCAUUGAAUGAAAAGAAAGUAAAGAACGACGAUAGAUUUUCUAAUGAAGAUUUACGUAAAUCUUCAUUAAUAGAAGCUUCGUUAUCUUCUUGUCAUUCUUUCGAACGAUCAUCGAAAAUUUCAGAAGAACAUUUUCAAUUACUUAAUACAGAUUUCAAUAAAAUAAGUGAUAACGUGAAUACAUUGCAAACGACUUCUCAUUAUUCAACAAAUUUCUACGAAGUUCUACGAAUUUCCGAAGAUAAUUCGAAUGAUAAUCAAUCAAAAGAAAGUAAAGAAAAGUUUUCAACAAAAUCUAACUCGUUAUCCGAAGAUUCUCUAGAAAAAUUCGUUGAAAAAGAAGAAUCUAUUGAACGUGAUAAACGAUUAUCCUGUGAAUAUUUUAAUGAGAAUUGUCAUUUUUACAACAAUCUCAAUGAUUUCAACGACAAAGUCGAAAAUAUUUUGGAUAUGAAAAUGAAAUCACUUUCUGUCGAGAAUAUCUUUUGUGAAUCUAAGCCAAUUGAUUAUUCAUUAUCAAAUGAUGAAUCUGACGAGACCAAUAGUUUCGUCUUUGUUUCAAGGAGAAAUUCAGACAACACGGAAGAGAAAGAAAUGAAAAUAAUAUCAAAUGAAUCUCAACAUUCCAUUUUUUUCAAUACUAAUAAUUCCACAGGAACAGUAUCAAAUGCUUCGAAUAUAAGAGAUCAAGGUUUACAAGUGAUGAAGUACUGUGAAAAAGAGAUAUCAUCUCCGAAUCUUCAGAAUGAAGAAGAUGAAUUUAAUGAUUUUCAAGAUUUAGGUAUUACUAGAGAAGGCUUACUUCUCUUGAUCUAUUUUACUGUGUGUUCCUUUGUAUUUUUUUGUUUGAACUUUUCUUUUAAUUGCGAGACGUUCAUUUAGUAAUAUUAAAUUUAAUUUUUUUUCCGCGUAGUUGAUAUUACAUAUGCUCGUUAGAUUUUCAUGCAUUGUUUUUCACGUAUUUUCUCGUUACGUUUUUGUUUUUAAUAAAAUUUAU